AUGGCCAUGGGUGAACCAUCAGCAGGAGCUUGUCUGGUCUGGUGUGCCGAGGGCUGCAUGAAGCAAGACCAGGACCACCAGCGUGCGUGGUUGAGGAGCAUCGCCGAGAGCCAUUGCGCCAGAUGCCACUUCUGCAAGAAGGCCCAGAGCUUUCUAAGGUGGCUGAAGGGCAAGAGCGUGACGGUCGUGCUUAUCGCAGACUGGCGUGAGGUGAAACCCAUCAUGGAGGGGCUCGAUGCAGAGCAGCAAGCAGAUGUUCACAUGUACAUCACGGCCCGAUGGGACAAGUCUUACUUCAAUGCGCUGAGUUGGGUUCAAGAACAUGCCAGGGGCAAGCAGAUCUCCAUGCUUGAGAACUUCUCCCGGCAGAACGUGCAAGAGGUGGUCCGGCGUCAUCUGCCGUGCGGUGGUGGAGAGCUGCAAACGCCAUGUCAGCAGACGGGUUUUGUGAAGCCUGGGCCGUUGCCGCCGCACGCCAAUGGCAAGCCCCUGGUCAUGUCCUGGUGGCUGUCUUACGGGAACCUGAAGAGCGCGCUGCAAGACCCCGAGAUGGCCUUUAUUGUGGAGCAAGCCUUGAAGCAGAUGAUGAGCCGGAACGAGACCUACGAAGACUGA